AAUAUUGACCGGGGCCGGGAGUCGAUCAGUUCACUGGAUCUCAACGUCCAGCUCGGCAGCGUUUCCACAAGGCUCCCCCCUGCAGAAGGACCGUGCGUGUCCCCCGAGCUGUGUGUGGUUUUUUACUUCAUGUGUGAUUGUGUGUGUGUGUGUGUUUGAGCCCACAGGCCUGGAGACAUGAGGCGUCCUCUGCUGCUGCUCCUGGGGCUCCUGCUGCUCCACCAGGGCCGCUGCUUUGAGUUUGUGAUCGAUGGAGAAUGGGAGGAAGAGACAUCAGAUCUUCAGGAUCCUCAGAGGAGACACAAGAGAGCCAUACUGACCAGCGAGGAGCAGGAGGAUUUUGAAGCCAUCCGUGGAGAUGACAUCACCGUCAAGAGCUACAAGAUGGAGAGCCGCAUCACGUCCCGCUUCGCCCACACCACCGUCAGGAGCUCCGUGGUCAACUCAGCCUCCACGGCCCAGAGCAUCGGCUUCAACGUCCAGAUCCCCAAACGGGCCUUCAUCACCAACUUCACCAUGAACGUGAACGGGAUAACGUUCACGGGUUCCGUGAAGGAGAAGACAGUCGCCAGGAACCUGUACGCUCAGGCCCGAGCCAGAGGCAAGGCAGCGGGGAUUGUCAGGGCUAAUUCCCAGGACAUGGAGACCUUCAAGACAGAGGUCCACGUUCCUCCAGGCAGCAACAUCGAGUUUGAGCUCCACUACCAGGAGAUGAUGCAGAGGAGGCUGGGUUUCUACGAGCACUCGCUGUACCUGCAGCCCGGGAGGCUGGUGCCUCAGUUCCAGGUGGACGUGUACAUCUACGAGCCAAACGGAAUCUCCACGGUGCAAACACCAAACACCCUGGGCUCACAGUUUUCACAACUCGUCAAAGUGACGUCCUCCAAAGACAAGGCUCACGUCGUCUUCAAGCCGAACCUGCAGCAGCAGAGGAAGUGUGAGAACUGCAGCGGCAGCGCAGUCGACGGCGUCUUCACUGUCAAAUACGAUGUGACCCGAGACAGUAACGCCGGAGAGCUGCAGGUCUCAGACGGCCAUUUUGUCCACUUCUUCGCCCCGUCCAACCUGUCCCCCCUCCCCAAAAACAUUGUGUUCGUCAUUGACGUCAGUGGCUCCAUGUGGGGCGUCAAGAUGAAGCAGACGGUGGAGGCCAUGCAGGCCAUUCUGGACGACUUGACGAUAGACGACCACUUCAGCAUCGUCGACUUCAACCACAACGUGCGCUGCUGGAGCGAGGAGCUGGUGCACGGCUCGUCCAUUCAGGUCACGGACGCAAAGAAAUACAUCCAGAACAUCAAGCCCAACGGAGGCACCAACAUCAACGAGGCUCUGAUGAGAGCAGUUCAGAUGCUGGUGAGGGCGUCCAACCAGGGGAUGAUCGACCCUCGCUCCGUCUCCAUGAUCAUCCUGGUGUCUGACGGAGAUCCCACUGUGGGAGAAAUCAAACUCAGCACCAUCCAGAAGAACGUGAAGCGAGUGAUGAGAGAGGAGUUUUCUCUGUUCUCCUUGGGCAUCGGCUUCGACGUGGACUACGACUUCCUGGAGCGCAUCGCCAUGGAGAAUAGGGGCAUGGCUCAGAGGAUCUACGCCAACCACGACGCCGCGGAGCAGCUGCGGGCGUUUUACAGCCAGGUGUCGUCUCCCCUGCUGAGGAAAGUCACCGUCCAGUUCCCCGAGGACGCCGUGUCCGACGUCACGCACAACCACUUCGAUAAAUACUUCAGCGGCUCGGAGCUGGUGGUGGCUGGGAAGGUGCUGCCGUCCGUGAGCAGCACGCUGACCAGCUUCACCACGGCCUCUGCUGCCCGGCUGGACAUCACCCUGCAGACGGAGGCCAACAUGGCAGAGCUGGACACGGAGCUGGCCAAGCAGCAGCACUCGUUCACGGGCUUCGCCAGGCAGCUGUGGGCCUACCUCACCGUCAAACAGCUGAUCUCUGAGAGGUGA